UUUUGACUUUCGUCCAAACGGGGCUUGGGCUAAUAAUGCCAGCCCAGUUCUCUUUGAGAGCAAUCGAGUGGGCCUCCUCAGCGUAGAAGAGCCCAAAGAAAUUAACAAACAGAUCGUCGGCUCUCUCUCUCUCUCUCUGUGUGAUUUGUGAAGAACCACAGACGAGAAAUGCAGCGUCGAAUCAAAAUUUCAGCCGUAAUGGUUGUACAAGUAACUGUGCUGUUGUAGAAGAAGAAGAAGAGAAAGAAGAAAAAAGAGUGGGAAAAGGAAGGAGGGAAGUGAAAAGGGAGGGAUCCGGAUCUUAUCGCGGAUCUAGAAAUGGGGGCUCCUAGUAUGGAGUUGCAGGAGUCCGGGUGGGAAGAGCUGAGGAAGGAGGCUCGGAAGAUUGAGGGCGAUCUCGACGUCAAGCUCUCUUCCUAUGCCAAGCUUGGUGCUAGGUUCACCCAAGGAGGUUAUGGGGAUGCUGGGUCACCAACUGUUGGGUCCAGCAGGUCAUGGAAGUCCAUGGAAAUGGAGAUCCAAUCUUUGCUUGAAAAGCUUCUAGAUACAAAUGAUGCUAUGAGUAGAUGUGCUGCAUCUGCUGCAGCAACUACUUCAGUUACUCAAAAGCUAGCAAGGCACAGGGAUAUACUUCAUGAGUUUACCCAGGAAUUUAGGCGAAUAAAAGGAAACAUAAACUCAAUGAGGGAACAUGCAGAGCUUCUUAGUUCAGUCAGGGAUGACAUCAGUGAUUACAAGGCAUCUGGGACAAUGUCUCCAGGAAUGCAGUUACUACGAGAGAGAGCUGCCAUCCAUGGAAGCAUAGCUCAUAUAGAUGAUGUAAUUAGUCAAGCUCAAACAACAAAGUCUGUCCUGGGCUCUCAAAGGACUUUGUUUGGUGAUGUUCAGGGGAAAGUGAAGCUACUAAGCGACAAGUUUCCUGUUAUACGUGGCCUUAUUGGUUCAAUCAGACGGAGACGAUCGAGAGACACUAUCAUUUUGGCUGCAGUCAUUGCAGCUUGUACACUAUUUCUUAUCAUCUAUUGGCUUUCUAAAUAACCAGAAAUGCAAUUUAUUGAAACAGAAAAAUAGGUACGAUUUUGCUUUUCUAGGAAAUUUCACUUCUGUUAAACAAUUGAGUUCACUGUUUCAGAAUUUGGUACCAUAUUGUGGUGCCAUCAACACCUGAAACUUCUUAGUCUGCUUUGUAUAAGAGUAACAUUUUGGAAACUUUCGCCAAUUAUAUAUGUAUGCUGUUGCAUA